AUGUUAGGGAAGCAAUUCAAGAUUUUAAACAAGAAGCUUAACUGUAUCCUUCAAUCUCAAGCGGAUUUUGUGUCCAGUGUCGAAAUUGUUGUGAUGCUCAAAGCACAAGAAGUUAGAUUGUGCAACACAUUCUCUGGCCUGAUUCAAGUCUCUGAAUCUCGAAUUCUUGAGAAGGUGGAUGAUGCAAUGAUGAAGCUUGUUAAGUUGUCUGAAGCUUUGCAUCCUCAGAUUGCUCAAAUGUCUAUUCAUCAAAGUAAAAGCUUAACUGAAUUCGCACUUCUGUUGAACGAGUUAAAAGAUUUAAUCUCGAAUCCUGGAUCAUCUCCUCUGAUCACACCAAAACUUUUAUCACAAAAUUUCUUUUGUUUGAAUCAGUUCUCCAAAAACAAUUGGCACCAUUAUCUUGAAUAG